UGAAUCGGGCUGAGGCUGGAGCUUCGUGCAGGCGGCAGCUGGAGAUGUAGAGCGCGGGGCAGCAGCAGCAGCGUUAAAUAUGGACGGCCUGUCGGUUGGACUGGUCUUGGCGUCCGCCUCGUCUCACUGAGAAAUUCAGUAAAUGAUGAGCCAGUUUUCCCGGUCCGCCGCUCUCCUGCUCUGCUUACUCGGCUGUAAUGUGUGGAAAGCGGUUACUAAAACCUUACGCGAGCAACGUGCACAAGAGGUGACAUUAAAAGUCCAUGUGAGUGAUUCCAGUACACAUCAGCCUUUGGGUAAAGCCUUCAUUGAGAUUUUUACCAACCAGACCUCAUUUGCCUCAGGAUAUUCAGAAGCAGACGGGGUAGCCUUCAUCACGUUCCACUACACACUUGGAGUUCAACUGCUUAUUGCUGCAACAAAACGUGGUUACAUCCCAAAUUCCUCACCAUGGCUAGCCACCAAACUGCCCUUGUUCUCAUCUGUGAGCCUGCUUCUACAUCCUGAACGGUCAGCAACCCUAAUGGUGUAUGAAGACGUUGUUCAGAUUGUCUCAGGAUUUCAGGGUACAUUAAUUCAGCCUAGAAUCCAGUUCCAGAGAAGGUCUCUCAACUUGCCAAAGAAUGCAACCUAUAGAAACCUGAUAGCUUUUCUUACUGUAGCUGUCACCCCUUGGGAAGUCGGCAAUUUCCCAUAUUUGCAAGGAAUUGAUGUAAAUCGAACAGGAAACAGCAGCAGGUUACAGCUGACCCCUGUCACGGCAGUGAGUGUACAUCUGUUGGAUAGUGAUGGAACUGAAAUCCAAGUGAAUGGUCCUAUCUGUGUGACCAUUCCCCUGCCAAACAAAAAUUCCUUGAAGCAUAAUGAUGCUCUUCCAGCAUGGAAGUUUGAUAAGAAAAUUGGUGCUUGGUUAAAGAGUGGAUUGGGCCUUGUACAAAGAGAAGGGGACUAUCUCACUUGGACAUACUUCGCUCCACAGUUGGGUUACUGGGUUGCAGCCAUGUCCCCUCAAAGCCCAGGUAAUAUGGGUCCUGUUGGAGCCAGUGACUUCUCUGUCUAUCAUACAGCCUUCCUGUUGGCCAUCCUUGGAGGGAUGACUGUCAUUCUGCUGGUCCUGCUUUGCUUACUCAUCUAUUAUUGCAGGAGGAAAUGCUUAAAACCCCGUCAACACCAUAGGAAAAUUCAGCUGCCUUCUGCAUUAGACAGUUCUAAGAAGGACCAAGCAACUUCCAUGUCUCACCUCAAUUUAAUUAGUGCAGUCCACAUGGAACUGGUAUCAGCCAAUGGAGAGGCAGAUGUUCAUACACCAAUGCUGAAACCCUCAUAUAGUACUUCACGAGAAUUCAGUUCUAGAGAAGAAUUAAUUUUACAUAAAGACCCAUCUUUGAGAGAGACCUUAAAGGAAGACUAUUGUAGGUCCCCUCCUAAUAACUAUCACCUCAAAAAGACUAGAUCAAUUGAUGCUUCUGAGGAUUUUGAAUCUCCUAUGAGAGAAGACUAUAGAAAAAGCUACAAUUCAAUUGCUUCCCAGCCAUUACUGGAUAAAAGAGAUAAAGAAGUUCAGGCUUCAAUAAGCCUUCUUACCACUGACAGUAAAAGUAGUAUCCGAGAACCAGAUUAUCAACUGACAUAUGUUCCUGACAAAGCACAAAAAGUGGAUAGAAAAACAACUGAUUACAUGAUGUCCCGGUCAGUUGACCAUCUUGAAAGACCAACCUCUUUUCCUCAGCCAGGCCAGUUGCUCUGUUGCAGUUCAGCAGAUGAGGUGAAUGACAAUGUUUAUAGAAAAGUGCUACCUACAUUGGUCAUUCCUGCCCAUUAUAUGAAGUUGCCUUUGGAUUAUCCGUCCUUGGGGCAGCCUUUGACGGCACCAGCAGAACAACAGCUAGAGUUGGAAAGGUUACAGGCAGAGCUUUCUAUUUCUCAACAACAGGUGCACCCACAUUCUCAACAGCAACAGCAAGUGACACCACAAACUUUAUCACAGCAGCAGCUUCAGGAAACAGAAGGUGGAGAUUGGAGUCCACAAUCAUCCACCAUGUCAGAAUCAGUAUCCAUCCCAGCAUCACUAAGUGAAGCUGCAAUGGCUCAGAUGAAUGGAGAAGUUCAACUCUUUACAGAAAAAGCACUGCUGGAACUAGCUGGAGGGAAGCCUCUCCCUCACCCUCGAGCUUGGUUUGUUUCCCUAGAUGGCCGGGCAAACGCCCAGGUUAGACAUUCUUACAUUGACUUACAGAAAGCUGGAAAAAAUGGGAGCAAUGAUGCAAGUUUGGAUUCUGGUGUGGACAUGAAUGAACCAAAACCUUCCCGAAAGGGAAAAGAAGCACGAGAACGGAAUCUUUCUGGCAGUAUGACGUACACAAGGCUGGUAUACGUGGAUGACAUGGAGCAGAGUGGUAGUGAAAGUGGGACAGCUGUCUGCAGCCCAGAGGACGCUUCGAUGAAGCCGCUAGUGGAUGGAUCAGCUGAAAGAGAUAGUGGCACAACUGUAGGAUUACAGAAUGAAAACAUACAGAGAAUUGAAGAAAUUGAGGAGUGUCUUCCAACUAAUCCACAACACACAGAGAAUGCUGAUACUGAUGAUAAAAUGAUGAAUAAUGAAAAUGACCGUAUUAAUGACAAUGAUCAAAUCAAUGAGAAUGAUGACAAUGACAGCACUGAAGACCAAGACGAGGAUAAAAAAAGCCCUUGGCAGAAACGGGAGGAAAGACCUUUAAUGGCUUUUAAUUUGAAAUGAUCACUUACAAGUUUACUCUCACUGGAGUAAAAAAUAGAUUGCCAAAUAUUUUAUGAACGUGCUUGUUCAGUUGUGAAAAUUUGAGAUAUUUGAAAGAGGAAAAAUCAUGAAUAUAUUUCAAAGGAACUGUGAAUGCUGUGCUGGUCUUUCAGAUAUUAUUGGAAAAAAUUCAGAGAGUUUUCCAAGCUUUUGUUGCUCAAAUGAAGGCCUAUGAGACAGCCAGAUGAUUAUAGAAAGACAAUAACUUCAAAUUUAUUUUUGCCAUAAAUGACCUAUUGUAUGAAAUAAUCAAUUUCAUGCCAGAUAUUUUACCUGAAUAUCCCAGUAGUGGUGGCAGUUGAUGGGUUUCAACUUAUUUGCCAGAAUUAUACUGUAAUAGUGUGUUAAAGGGAAACAUACUGUGUCCACAAUUAUAGAAUAUUUGAAAGAAAGGCUAUGCAUUGCUGCUUUUAAAAUUAUGUUGCUUAACUUACUUGUCACGUCUAAUAUUUGUUGUAAACUAUUUUCUUUAAGAUUGUUUAUUCCAUUAGACUUAAUAUUGUUAGAGCAUUUAGCUACCAGUAUGCUGUGAAUGACCAUACUCAGUGAUGGCACAAGCCACUGAUUAAAACCAAACUCCUCUUUUUUUAAAAAAAAAAUCUGGUCCGGUAUUCUCCAAGUGCCUUCAUGUUUUCCACUAAACAAACCCUAUUUCAAUAGUUCUUGUCUCUGGACCCUUGAAAUCCUGCUUUUCAUAAUUGUCAGUUUUUUGACAGUUCCUUAUUGACUUGCAUGCAAUUAUCAACCAGUUGUGCUUUUUUGACAUGCUUAAAAUACAACAGUAUACUGUAGUUAGUAACGUGUAUUGUAUUACUGGUUUUGCUGUUGAACUACAGGUAGAUUAGAGAACUUUUACAGAGACAUGAAGAAAGUAGCCAUGACUGGAUGUUCUGUAUAUAUUGUAUGUUUGGCUGCAGUUAAAUAUUUUAAUUGCUAGCAUUCCCAAUGUCUUUCCAAUCUGGGAUAAUUAAGUGGUCAAGACUGAGUGAUCAAUGUGUUUAAGCCAACAUUUUAUCCUUCUGUAUCAUUUUACAGUGCCAGGAUUCCUUUUCUGUACAACCUUUUGGAUUGGUUGCUUGUUUCUAUAAAGCUGAUUAUUCGAAAUAAAUCUUGGGUAAAAGCUGAA